AAAUGAAAGAUUAGAAUAUAAAAACCUUCGAUAAAGCAAAAGCAGGCAAAUCAAAACACACACACUGUCCACUCUCUAGUCUAAUUCACCGAUUCUCUCUCUCUCUCUCUACACACUCGCCGGAGCCGGAGGAAUCGAAUCGAUUGAAUACAAAUUUAUUAAACCAAUUGCGAACAGACGCAAUACACUGAAUUCCUAUCUCACAAGCAGUUCACUUUUAUAGUUUCCACCUUGGAUCCAUUGAACACAAAUUUAUCAGCAAACACUCAAUACACUGAAUUCAUAUCUCACAACCAGUUCAGUUUCCUCCUUGCAUGUGUAUUUUUCACCUUAUCUCACACACGCAGAGUUCGCAUUCGUUAAUUCUCGUACAUCGAUAGGUACGCGGGGAAGCGGCUGAUUUUGUGGAUGUGAAUCACAGAAGAAAUGUCAGUUUUGGAUACGGCGUUUGUGGACACCGAGCUCUCUAACAGGACAUCGAUCUUCGGCCUGCAUCUAUGGGUGGUGAUCGGGAUAGUAAUCGGAGCAGUCAUAGUGCUCAUUCUCUUCCUCGUGUCGCUCUGCAUCACCGCCUUCCGCCGCCGCGGUAGCGCCGGCAGCAAGGGAAAAUUGCGCUUCUCGGCGAGCGAGAUGAGUCCGUCCAUAUCGAAGGAGAUACAGGUGAUCGCCCGCGACGCCGCUGAGCAACGCUCCGUCGCACCUCAGGCUGUGCCAGAGAUACAGAUAGAUAUGGGGAAGGUGGAGCACAGGGUUGUGUUUUCUGAUAGAGCGGGAUCAAGUGGCGAGAGCAAGGGCACUAGUGGGGCUGAGACAGGAUCGCGUGGUGGCAAUGGGUCGUUGCCAGAGGUGUCCCAUUUGGGAUGGGGAAGGUGGUAUACUUUGAGAGAGCUUGAGGCAGCCUGUAACAGUUUGUCUGAUGAAAAUGUGAUUGGUGAAGGUGGAUACGGCAUUGUGUAUUAUGGCGAGUUAGCUGAUAACACCCGUAUAGCUGUAAAGAAUUUGUUGAACAACAGGGGACAAGCGGAAAAAGAGUUCAAGGUUGAAGUGGAUGCAAUUGGACGUGUUAGACACAAGAAUCUUGUCAGGUUGCUCGGUUACUGUGUCGAAGGAGCCUACAGGAUGCUUGUCUAUGAAUAUGUUGAUAAUGGAAAUUUGGAGCAAUGGCUUCAUGGAGAUGUGAGAGAAGUCAGCCCUUUGACAUGGGAGAUUCGUGUGAAUAUAAUCAUUGGAACUGCUAAAGGAUUGGCUUAUCUCCAUGAAGGUCUGGAGCCAAAGGUUGUUCACCGUGACAUCAAGUCCAGCAACAUACUGCUUGAUCAUCAGUGGCAUCCUAAAUUAUCUGACUUUGGUCUAGCUAAACUUUUGAAUCCAGAGAUUUCUUACGUGACAACACGAGUGAUGGGAACAUUUGGUUAUGUUGCUCCUGAAUAUGCUUGCACUGGUAUGCUGAACGAGAAGAGUGAUGUAUAUAGCUUUGGAAUAUUGAUCAUGGAGAUCAUCACCGGUAGAUCACCGGUUGAUUAUUCCCGGCCAAAAGAAGAGGUCAAUCUGGUUGAGUGGCUGAAGAUGAUGGUUGGAAACAGGAAAUCUGAGGAAGUAGCAGAUCCCAAGUUGCCGGAACGGCCUGCCUCCAAAGCGCUGAAGCGCCUGCUCUUGGCAGCCCUUCGAUGUGUUGAUCCUGAUGCCCAGAAACGGCCCAAGAUGGGACACGUGAUACACAUGCUGGAAUCAGAAGACUUCCAUUCUCGCGAGGAGCGGCGAAUUGGGCGGAACUCUUCCAGUUCCGUAGGUGAUCGUGGCAUGAUCAAUAAACAAUGCAGUGAAGGAGAAAGCAAUAGAAGUCAUAGGUAUAGUGAGAUGGCUGUAUAAUCAAGAUGGGUGCUAUGCUACUGUUCCUCAAUAUUUUGAUCUGCUUGGUUAUUCCAUCACCAUUUUUCCUUCUCCAAUAUAUAGUUGCAUAAAUUAUUAAAUGUGGUCGAUAUAGCUAGGCUGUGUAAAGUGAACGAUUCAUUUUUUACUGUUAUAGUAAAUUAGAGGAAAUUGUUGGAAUC